AUCAAACUACUACUGCACCCCAUUCCAUUGUAACGUUCGACGCCGUCUGUAUAAUAAUGGACUCGCCCAUGACUCGGAACUCAGCCACGUCAUUCCGAUCUUCGUCGAGUAGCCGUCUGCCCGCUGCUGGUAGUGAAAACAAGAUGUCGAUGUUGGUUUCGCACGCAGUAUAGUAGGAUACGUCGCAAGACGUCAGUUCUGUGCGUUCUCACUACAACUUGCGGUGAAUUUUACAUUGGAACGCACCUUCUUCAAAUUUAUAAAAAGCAACAACAAUCAUCCGGCAAUGGGUUUCCGUUGUUCAGACUGGAUAUUCGUCGCAUAUUCCCCCUGAAGUUAACGGGAGAACGAGUACAGGGAAUCCCCGACUUUUUAAAACGUUUCAAACCAGACAAGACGUCCGUUCCAAUGAGUGCAAGGAAUUUGGUGGACAAAAUUAUGGAUUUAAACCCAAACCUGCUAAUUCUCCACGGAUUGAAAGCUCCUGUAGUUAAACUGGAGAGAUGCGACAAGAUAUGGAAGACGUUACAGCUGAUACGAAGCAUGCAAGAUAAACACCUUGAAGACAUUCAAGAUUGGAUAAAGAGAGAACCUGUAACCUCAGAUGAGAUACUAUGCAACAAAACACCCAUGACAUUCAUACCUGAUAAAACCCUGCCAUUAAACCUUAUUGGUGAACCAAAUUUAUCAAAACCUUACAUUGAGUACCAUCCAAUUCUCAAUAAUGGUAAUAAUUCUUUGCCACAAUUUCAAUUAGCUGAAAAAAGUCGUGUUAAUUUAUACCACUGCGAAGUUUGCAGCAAAGAAUUCUGCAAUUACAAAAAUUUUUCUGAUCACCAAGAAAAGGUACAUGACAUUAUGUUACCUAAGAAAGCCACAACAAAAAAAGAUAAAUUAUCGAAUAAAACUGUUGCUUUAAAACAGAGAUCUGAUUCUGAGGAUAGUAGUAACGACCAAUUAAACAAGAAACUUAUAUCUGAUGAAAACGGUGAUCUCCAAACUGUAGUCAAGACUUUACCACCAACAACUGGUGGUAUUAAGUGUAAAUUGUGUAAUAGAUCUUACAAAAAUAUUAGAAAACAUACAAUACAAUACCAUAAAGUUAAAUCUGUUGAUAUGUUGGAUACCGUCUCUGACCACAAUUCGAAUGAGCCGGUUCCAUCCAUUUUAGAACUUGAAAGAUUGAACUCUGUUAUACCGGAGAGUGGAUGGAAAACAGUGGAUGAAGCAAUACCUAUAUCACGACAGAAUAGAUAUUGUACUAAUCAAAAUAAUAGAAUUACAUCUAAACGUAAAUUAAAUAUGUCAAGCAACGAAGUACACAAAAAAAUGCGUAGCACGAGCCCGCGUGAAGAAGAACAACUAAAUUCGGCAAAUACAAAAAAUCGGUUAUCAUGUGAAAUUUGCGGUAGGAAGUACCUAAAUAACAUGGGUCUCUGUAAACACAAAGAUAAGCACAAAAUUAGUAAUGAAAAUACGAGAAUACACGAGUCAUUUGAUUCCGAGCCAAGAUGCAAACUAAAUUCACAAAAUUCAGCAACUGCGGUAACAGUACUGGAAGACGAUAAAAACACUAAGCAAAAUAUUCCAAGGACUAGAUCAAGUUUCACCAAAGAACGUGCUUUUAUUGAAAUGAUGCAGAAUCAACUUGUUGAAACACUGGCAAAUGAUGCUGAAUCAAAUUCAGGAAAAAAAUGUUUGUGCGGUAGAUCUUUCCGCAGCGCAUAUAUUCUUUUCACUCACAAAUCUACUUGUAAGUUCUUAAACAGUCCUGAUAGUCUUAGACCUUUGGAAACACGAUCAGGCAGCGACAGGGAUUCAGGUAUCAGCAUAACAAUUAAGAAAAAGAAUAACUCUUAUGAAAUAGUUAGUAAAGAAGGUAGCGAUGAAGAGUCAUCCAGACAUAAUCAUGAUGGGGCAGAAUUUGAAGUAUGUGAUGAGACCUCAGAUUCAUCAUCGAACAGUUCGGACAGCAGUGAAUUUGAUGAUCCAAUUGAAAGCCUUGUUUCAGAAAAGUCGAAGUAUAGUGAAAACCAUUGUAUCAUCAAGUUGAAAUUGGUUGAAGAAGAUGUGGAUGUUGAAAUUGAGGAUUUUUGUGACACAGAUUGUAAUAAUACGGUAAUAGAAAACGGUACGAGUAAGAUUUUUGAUCAUAAUAAACGUCAAGUUCUGUCAUUGAGAGAUUUGUGCAAGGAGUUCUUGAUUCAAAAAGGUGUAAUGUUAAACGGAGCGACAACUCACAAGUGUCAAAAUUGCAAGAUAUUCCUUGGCAGUAGAGAAAAGUUGUCAAAGCACAUAGAGAAGCAUAAAAAAAUGGUGAAGAGAUCCUGUACGUGUGGUAUUAAAUUUUCUGGCAUAAGAGCAUUGGACGCUCACAUAGCAUCAGUGCAUCCUAAGUGUAUUGAGUGUCCAUAUUGUAGGGAAAAGUUUAAAAGUAUUGCUGCUGUAGGUGAUCAUCUUUGCAUAAUUGACCAAGGAGAACCGUACACAGAAGAUUUUAACGAAAAUCAUCCUUGCCCUAACUGUAAUAUUGUUUUCAAUAAUGUGACAUGGUUGGAGAGUCAUAUGAGAUCCAAACACUUGGACCCAAAUUUUCCAUUCCAGUGCUAUCAAUGCCUAGAGAAAUUUCCUGACGAAAUGGCCAGGAGUAAACACUCGCACGAGAAACAUAAUCAUAGUAUUGCGUGCUCAAUUUGCAACGAAAAGAUUCAGAGUCAUAAAACUAAACAAAAGCACGAAGCCUAUCAUCGUGGAGUUGGGUUUCCAUGUCAUACAUGUAAGAAGACAUAUCGUUCAAGAGCGAAUCAAUUGAAUCAUAUUCAAACUGUUCACAGUGACUUUAGUAACAAUAAACUGCAGUGCUCUAUUUGUCAAAAAAGCAUUAAAACAAAAUCGUUUAGAAAGCAUAUGCUCAGGCACAGUAGUGUAUUACAAUGUGAGUUGUGUGAUAAGGUUUUCUACGACUAUAGAAACUUACAAAGACACAUUAUGGACCGCCAUAGUAACGAAAAUUAUCCACAUAAAAAGUGUAAUGUAUGCGAUGCCUCAUUUCCAACGCAAGAACAGUUAGAGGCACAUGUUGCAGUUGAAAAAUCUGUGAAAAUUGAUCAUGGCAAAAACAUGUAACGGAAACUUAUCUGUAAGAUAUUCUGGCUGGAAAGUAUUUCCAAAAUACUCGUAUGUUAACGGGCAAUGUAUGUUGCUGAUCAAAGUAGUAUAACUUCCUAUGACCCGGUGUAUUAGGCAUUCAGAGAGACUGAGAUGUUAUAAACAUGAUUUAAGUACAAUGUUGAAUUCUUUUCGAUUCUUCCAAUGAACAAAAUUAAUUUUACUUGCUGAAAUAAAUUAUUGAGUUUCAA